CCAUCUGGCGACCGGCCGGUUGGGCUACAUUUUGGCAUGUCUCACGUCAUGUUUGUCCGACUUCGAGGAAGAUUUUAACCCACUUAACCCGAACAUGUCCCCAGUUUUCACAAUCGUUGUAGAGCCAUUGUUAUUUUGUUUCUUUGACAAAGUCAAUUCUGAAGAUUAUUAUGUGCUUCGCGCAACAUACAUCCAGACAGUCAGUAGACCCAGGUUGCAUAACGUUACAUAAUUAUCGGGAAAUCUCUGAAUUGCUGCACCAGGAACAAGCGAAGCAACCAAAGCAAAGGAUGUAACGUUAGCUAGAAACACGGAUAAGGAAGUGGGAAGACUGUGGAAAGGGAGACGAGUGGGGAUCGUUUUGCUCACAGGCUCGGAGCGUGUGUGUGUGUUGGGGUACAUGCAGCUUUAGGAUACCGCACUGAUGGAGAAGAGAGAGAGGAAGCCGGGCUACUUUGCCAGGUUGAAGAGACGGAGACAGCUCAAGCAGAGCCAAUCAGAGAAGGCUAUGGCUGAGAAGAACCCGUCAGAUUCGUCCUCGAAGACGCCCGUCAUCUCCUGCCCAGACCUCCCUGCUUUUUCUGAACCCCAGGAGAGGAUGAAACCAAACCCACCUGAAGGUUUAGAUGACAGCAGCAACAUGAGCAGCCAGGCCAAGAGAGAGAAGAGGAGGCCCCCCGGGACAGUGGAGUAUACUGUGGGACCCCAGGAAUCUCUAAACAGCAUUGCUCUGAAGUUCAACAUCAACCCCAACAAACUGGUGCAGCUCAACCGCCUCUUCUCCCGCAGUGUCUAUCCUGGACAGAAGCUGUUUGUUCCUGACAUGGGCCAAUCGGAAGCCGACUCUCAGUCUGUGGGUUCUUCUGACCCCACCUCCACCAAUGGCCUAUCAGAGAAGGUGUCACAGGAUGGAGACUCCAGCGGCAGGUCAGUAAGACCGUUACGACGUGAGCGGUCUCCCCUGUCCGAGGACGAGAGCCCCGCCAUAGUCAAGUUCAUCAAGAUGAGCUGCAAGUACUUCACUGACGGAAUGGGUGUGGUGGGAGGGGUGAUGAUCGUGACGCCCAACAACAUCAUGUUUGACCCUCACAAGUCGGACCCCCUGGUGAUCGAGCACGGCUGUGAGGAGUACGGCCUGAUCUGCCCCAUGGAGGAGGUGGUGUCUGUGGCCCUCUAUGACGACAUCUCCCGCAUGAAGCUGAAGGACGCGCUGCCGUCAGACCUACCCCAGGAUCUGUGUCCUCUGUAUAGGCCCGGGGAGUGGGAGGAGCUGCCCUCAGAGAGCGACCUCAACCCCUUCAGCCGCUACGAGGCGCUGGAUCCCAAACGACCCAUCGUCCUGGACGACGUCGACUCUGCCCUGUCAGAGACGGUCAUAGAAAGGGCAGAGUGUGAGCCAGCAGACCAGUCUCCAUCAGACGAGGGUUUCACAGAGCUGGAGCUUCCCUUGAACGGGAGCGCUGAGGAACCAGUGAGUGGAUCCAGACCGCCUGCCAGUGCUACCAGCCAGGACCAGCAGGGAGAGCUCCCAGGAUCUAGUUCCCCUAAACGGGCAGAGUCCCAGGACCAGUCCCUCUCUGACCCAGUCCCACUGACCUCGCAGAAAGGGGAGGAGGAUGAAGGACUGGUACAGAACAGCUCCAUUGAGGAAACUACAGAAUCACUGCCUGUCCUUUCAGAGACUGAGAAAGACACUGAACUGUUGAAGGAGAAGCCUGCUAGUCUAGCCAUACGCCAAGCCAAAGAUGGGAACUCUACAGGGCAACUGGUGAACAGUGUUAGCAUUAGCGACCAAUCAGAAUCAGAAAUUGACCAAAAUAGGAAGCUGAGCUUGAGUGAGACCGCUGCGGCUUCGGGGAAAUGUAGUUCUCAGGAACCCAGCCCUGCAGAGGAGCUGCAGAACGGACCAAUGGUAGAGGAGGGGCUGAGUGAGGAAGAGAAGCGGAAGAGGAGCAACGAGGCGGAGGUGAAGUCCUGGCUGCUGGAGAGGAUGCAAGCGCCCAUCCAAAACAUGCUGCUCUCCACAGAGGAGAAGAGUAAGACCCCACCCAUGUUCCUCUGCUUCAAGGUGGGCAAGCCCAUGAGGAAAUCCUUCAUCAUUGGCCGGACAUCAAGCCCCGCCCACACGCGAGGAAAGCAGCCGGAGUACUGGUUUGCUGUGCCCCAGGAGAGGGUGGACCACCUGUAUGCGUUCUUCGUCCAGUGGUCUCCUGACGUGUACGGUAAGGAGGCCAGAGAGCAGGGCUUUGUGGUUGUAGAGAAGGACGAGCUCAACAUGAUCGAUAACUUCUUCAGUGACCCCAAGUCUUCUCGCAGCUGGGAGAUCAUCACCAUCAACGAGGCGAAGCGCAGGCAGAGUUUUGGCAGCUACGAUGGGGAGGAGCCUUUGGCGGAUCUACUGCCCAUGCUCAGUGAUCCCAGCGCUCUGCUACAGGACACACACAUAGAAAAGCUUGCGUGUCGGCUGCCAGCGCGGGUGCAGGGGUAUCCAUGGCGACUGGCUUACAGUACGGUGGAACACGGGACCAGCCUAAAGACCCUGUACAGGAGCCUAUUAGAGGUGGACAGCCCUGUGCUACUGGUCAUCAAAGACAUGGACAACCAGUUGUUUGGGGGAUACUCCACCCAUCCCUUCAGAGUAAGUGAGCACUGCUACGGCACGGGAGAGACCUUCCUCUUCAGUUUCUGCCCUGAGAUCAAGGUGUACCGCUGGACUGGGGAGAACUCCUACUUUGUGAAAGGCAACAUAGACUCUCUUCAGAUGGGAGGAGGAGGAGGUCAGAUAGGGCUGUGGCUGGAUGCUGACCUGUACCACGGCACCACCUCCAGCUGUGCCACUUUCCACAACCAGCCCCUCUCUACCCAGAAAGACUUCAUCAUCCACAGUGUGGAGGUCUGGGCCUUCGAGUAGCCUCCCUCCCUCCACCUCCUCCAGUGUCCCCCCCCCCCCCCAAAACCCACCCGGGGGGAGACCAUGACCUAGCUUCAACGCCCAUCCCUUACUCUACCAGAAUGGGAAGCUGAUGAUUUGACAUGGUGUGUGUCAUGGUUUAUGCCAGUUGGUUUGAUGUGGUUUGUCCUGAGGGUGGCAGUGGUGUGAGAAGCUGUGGCUGUAUUUUCCUCUCACUCUAUUGGCUGCCUUAUACCUCCCAUGCCGCCCACAGCUAUCCCAGCAUGCAGCCUGCCUGCAGAACUCAAAACUUCUACCCACUCGGAGAAGAGUGACAAGUUCCUGGAGGAUCAAAGAGGCGAGCGAUUGUCCUGCAAUUGGCCUAGCUAACGGAAUCAGUCAUAAGUUAAUUUAAAACACUAUCAAAACAUAGGCAAUGAAAUGUGAGAUUGUUGUAGUAGGGAUGGGGCUAGUGGGUGCAAUGCACAUAAAAAAGGAACAAGGCAUCUGGUAACAGAUGAGUAAACAUGACUAUCAAUUCUCUACAAACGCAACAAAUCAGAAUAUUCUGGUUGAUAACAAAAGGAGCAAUCGUUUUUCCCUGACAUGUUAUGAACUGAUGUGAAAAGAGGAGAAAGGUAUUUUGAGACUAAUUUCUCUUCCAAAAUACAUCUGCCCCAAAACCACUUUAAAUAUAGGAGUAAUUGUUUACAAAGAAAAGAGACUUACCUUCACUGAAGGUUGUCUUGUUCUCAUGUCUCCAGUCCUAAUUAGACUGAAUGAGAAUGUUACAUUGCAUUUCAGAGCAUUCCAUGUCCCUCGCUUUCCAAAAUCUGUCCACUAAGAAGGGAACAUAAAGUGGGGAGGUUUUGCAAUUACCAAAUGAGGUUUUAUUUUACUUUUGUAUCUGUUUUGUGUUUCUCAUCACAUUUUUAUAAUUUCUUACGAUUUAUUUGUACAAAGAAUGUAUGCCUUUUGAAAUAGUUUCACCUUUUUAUAGAAUUGUAUUUUUUGGUGAAUGUGUUGGUUUGUUUUCAGUUUUUCGGAAGUCCUGUGAUCAGAUCGGCCACAUGGUUGAUACAUCCAAGCACUAAAUAGAUUGAAGAAUCUCAAGGCGGUAUUAGUCUGUCACAUCUUUGACCAACUGUACCUUCUCUUUGUUUAAGGUGUGUUUCUGUAAGUAGAGAGAGUUACAGCAGAAUGAGAGUUUAGUCUACUCAAGUGUUCAUUAGAACACAUGAACCAAGGGAAGUAGAGAGGUGUAAGAUGGUUCAAUAAGUAACUCCAAGUUGAUUGGUCUGGUCUGUGGAAUUAACAUCAAUCAUUUGUUUGUGUAUAAACCUGCCACUAUUGUCAUUUUCUGCCACUACAUAAGGGAAGGACCGGUGACCACUGAGAUUUCGGGAAAGAAAGGGAUAUACCAUUUUGUUUUUUCUUAACGUGUGCUGUUGAGAUCUUAUACCACUGUUUUCCAGACCAAUGUUGAUAAAUGGAGUGUUGGUGUCUGUAUCAAGUAAGUUACCAUGAGCUGACUAGGCCUACUGCAUGACAUACAGAAAAUACUGUAGCUGUAAUACAGACAAUACUGCUUAAAUGACAUUCCUCUUUCUGCAUACUACUAUUCACAAAUCCUUAUAGGUGUGGCUUUGUUUGUUUCUGUGUAAUAGAUGUUGUGUUCUCACUGUGAAUGUUCCCAAAGUGUUAUUUCCUGUGAAUCCAAAACUGUCAUAUUAUAGGUGAAUAUCACCGAGGAUAUUUAUUGUAUUGUUGCCACGUUUAAACCGAAAUAAUAAACAAAUAAUACGA